UGCUGGAGAAAAUCGGGGCACUGUAAACGUGCUCACGAGCAGACACAUCAUCCACAUUCCCUAGCUGGGCUGUUGCUCAACUCAGACCAGUUUCUGGCGGACAGCCGAAUCCACAGGUUUCAACAGCUGAUCCAACGGGAAAACAAGUGGCGAGUGAAGUUUCAAGUUGUGUUGAAAAUCGUUAACGUGAAUAGUGAACUUGCCUAAGUUGGAACAAACUUUCGUUGUGUUUUUACUCUCCAGCGAAUUUGAGGACCUAGCACGGCGUUGGAAGCUUUGUCUAGCUCACCAAGACGAAAGCGGCUCUUCGAUGACCCGACGUAACUGGUGAUCUCUCGACAUCUUCAUGAUGAUGUCACCCCGUCAUCGAACCUGGACUUUCCUGGUGAUUUGCCUCCUGGCCAAUCUCCCAAGGCAAUGCCAAUGUCUUGAACUCUUCGCUCAUGUGUCUCAGCAUGGUGUCAGAGGAGUCAUCUCAUUCAAACAGUCAGAAUCUGCUGGUACAUCGGCCGACGCCGCAACGACAACAACAACAACAACAACAACAACACUCUCAGAAGUUCAGAUCAAGGUGAAUCUGACGAUAUCAGAGGAUUAUGCUGGUGAAUAUUCAUGGGGCAUUUACCAAUUCCCGAUCGACUACACGGUGCAGGAUUUCUGUGACAGUCGCAUGCUGGGCAGAAGACCUAUCGUGAAUUUUGAUGAGCACCUCGGCAAACUCAUGCUUCCGACUGAAAACCAGCCCGUGAUUGAAUUGUCCACGUCAGAAAUUCUGCUCCGAGGGAAGGAUUCCAUUUGGGGACGGAGUCUAGUCUUGGUGGGUCCAUCCAAAGCCAGGAUAUGUGCCACCAUUCUUCCCGAUCCCAAUCAAAAUCCCCUGAAGGUGGCAGAAGCCAGGUUCACCUCUCCCAUUGCUGGAUCGGUGUGGUUCACCACUAUGAGCUUCGGCGAUGGCGUGGAGACGAAAAUAUUCUCCAACUUAUUUCACACGCAAGGAACGAAAUCCACGGCCAACGAUUGGAAGAUUUAUAUCAGUGACGCUUUGGAUUCAUCCCUCGAUGUCAAUGGUCAAAGUUGUGAUUUCCUGCAGACUCUGUACGAUCCUGAGCAUCGCUCUGGAGAGGGUUGCUCCGAGGAUGAUCCUGGAAAAUGCCGAGAAGGUGAUCUCACGGGGAAGUUUGGCCAAGUUCGGGUUGGAAAGACCGAGAGCAUGUUCACCAAAGCAUAUCACAAUGACGUCGAUAUCACAUUGCCAGAAUUGGACGGCAGCCAGGCCUUAUUCUUAGUGCUGUUUGACGCAGACCACCAAGAUAGUUUCUUCACGUGUGCAAAACUCCGUGGCAUCCCUGUACGUCAUGCCCGAGCGGGAUUCAUGGAGGACGGGAUCAAGGGUGAGAUCAGUUUCAAGCAAAUGUCUCCUUUUCACCCAACCACGACUCUGGUUCACCUAACGGGUCUGAACCAAAGCACAGGCGGAUUUCACGUUCACGAAUACCCUGUGCCUCAGAAAAUGGAAGCCGAUAACAAUCGAUGUCUUCGCACUGGCGGGCAUCUUAAUCCCUUCAAGAUUGACAAAUCCGUUAGUCCGAAGCCUGGACAAGGAAGUUUCGACAAGUAUGAGGUGGGCGACUUAAGUGGAAAGUAUGGCAGCUUUCAAGAUCAAAAUGUGCGCUUUGAUGAGUUUAUCGAUCCAACGUUGUCUCUAUUUGGAAAAUGGUCCAUUGUGGGGCGAUCCAUUGUGAUUCAUGAGAUACCCGUGCCGCAUCGUUUAGCGUGCACAAAUAUUGACUUGGUGGAUCGCGAGAUGCUGACAGCUGUGGCUGAGUACACAUACCCCAUAGCUGGGAGGAUCAUCUUCAGACAGGAGCUGGAGGAUCCCUUCUCAGACACGCAAGUAUUUGUCGAGUCGCUGGUUUAUUCAGAUGGUAGCAAGAAUGGCACCACGGAUCAUCCGUGGCAUGUCCACACCGCCAUCCCUGGCAAGGACUAUUUCAAUUGGACCGGGCGCUGCCUCAGUGCCAUGGACCACUUCAAUCCCUAUGACGUCAGUUUGGAAGAUAACGUCUACAAUGAAUGCCGUAAUGACCACACACCAUACCGAUGCGAGUUGGGUGAUCUCGCUAACAAGCUCGGACGGCUGAGUGUGGCCGGGCGUAAGAAAAACAUUCAAGAAACCCUUCGUUUUUACACUGACACCAACUUACCCUUGAGUGGGCCCACCGGAAUCAUUGGGAGGUCCAUUGUCAUUCACGAUGACAAGGCACCCGAACACAGAGGUGAUCGAAUGGCAUGCACCGGUAUCUAUCGCCAAUAUCGACACAAAGCAGUGGCACGAGAUUGGUUUGGUAAUGGGGUCAUUCCCCCACCAGUUGAUGGCAAGCUCGAGUUCAUUCAAGACACUGGCAAGUCAUUAGCUCACACUCUGGUCGAUCUUCAGGGCUUGGACGAGGAGGCGUAUGCCUAUCAUGUUCAUCUCAUCCCCGUCCAAGACCAUCUGGAGUUUCCGUGCACUGGUGAUGCCGUUGGGGGUCAUUUCAACCCUUUUGAUUAUGAUGCGAGUGCCAGUCCAAAGCCCGGUGAAGGCACCCCCGAUCAGUACGAAAUUGGCGAUCUGAGUGGGAAAUAUGGCUCUUUGGACGGAAAGAAUGAGAUCCGGGGUAUCUUCAAUGACUCGAACCUGCCUCUAUUUGGUUUGAACAGCAUUGUGGGUCGAAGCAUCGUGAUUCACAAAAAGUUCAAAGCUGAACGGUGGGCUUGUGCCUCCAUUGGAUGGGGGUUUGACCCCGAUGAGGCCCGUGAAAUUAAAGCGGUGGCAUCCUUCCACCAUCCUAAUGGCUUUGCAUGGGGGUACAUUCGCUUCAGUCAGGUUGUCUAUCACGAUGGAAGCUCCACAGACACUUCCAUCGUUGUGAGACUCAAGCAUCCAGGGAAGACUAAUAAGGACUUCACCAGUGGGCACAAUUGGUCAAUCUGGGUCAAUCCCGUAGGUCAUGACGCCAGUAUCAAGUACGAAGGCGCACGUUGCACAGCUGCUGGCUAUAGGUGGAACCCCACGUUCAUCCAAUUGGCAGAUCCUAAUGAUCAUGGGUUCUACUCGGAGGAAUGCGGACCCGAUAAUCCAUUGCGGUGUGAAAUUGGCGAUCUGUCCGGUCGAUUGGGCACCAAACUGAGUGUGGGUGGCAGAGCACUCGUCAUCAACGACGUGAACCUUCCGCUGACGGGGGAUUGGUUCAAAAAUGCCAUUGGCAAGUCUAUCAUCAUCCAUGGGCCAGAUGAGUCACCGGAUAGGAUGGCGUGUGCCAACAUUGAGGAGGACAAGGAUAUUGUCAAGUUUGCUUCCAUUGAGGUCAAGUCCCGGUUCAAUCUAGCCACCUUCAUGGAGGAGGUUCAGGCCAUCAUGGGGGUCCCAGAAUGGUUCCUUUACCUCGAUGCCCGAGCUACCAAGACCUUGUACAAUGGGAAAUGCAUCAAGAUCAGGCUCCAUUUCACGGGUCCGUAUGCCAACAAAUUGGAGCAAGACUUUGCCUUUCUAUUGAGGACGGGUCGACUGGACAAGCCCUCGAUCCCCAUCCCCGGUUUCGUACCUGAUCCGCUCAGAAAGACCAAGUUGGGGUACAAAGAGUGUGGCAGUGACAGUAUCAAAAACCAAAUUAUUGGUACCAGCAAUGACUUGUAUUCUAGUCUUUCUGCGGGCAAUUCCUGCGCUCCAAGUGCAAACCUCAUCUUUGCCACCACUGGCCUAAUCACAAUCAUACUUGUAAGACUGUUCAUUCACUCGAACUGAAGGGUACCCCAUGGAACUCCCCAUCCGCCCCAUCAAGAGGCGGGCACAUCAAAAUAACGAGAAAGCAAGUUCAAACUGUGUGUCUGUCAAUGCAACGGACGAAUACGAAAGAACGUUGCGUGAUUGGUUUCUAUUGACAGCUUGGCUGGGAAAGUGAUUGAUUUACCAGGCCUACCUGGCCUACCAUACUCCGAGUGUGACAGUAUGAGGCUUCUUCAUGUGUAGAUCAUUUCCACCUACCCGAAAGUGAUCUUGCCUACAGUACAGAGUCCUCCAAGAUGAGAAGGAACAAAAGUCAUCCUCUAUACCGCACCGAGCACUCCAUAUCCCACCCACCCAUCGACUUAUUUAUUAUUCAUUAUAUAAAUAUCUACCUACAAAAUUGCCUAACUUGAACCUGAGCAAUAAGUGAGGAAACGUUUUGAGAGACGAUAUGAAGUACACCCAAAACACAAUUUGCCACUUGGAAAAUAAAGUUAGUCAAAUAUAGAACGACGAUUACACCGA